AGGAGACGGGACGGGAAGUCAAACUGCUCGGAUUUUUAAUGUUCCUUUUUAAAGAAUAAUACGUCUUUGCAGAGUUCAACAGGAGCAGAGUGACUUUUUUGAUGCCUUUGACCGCCACACACCACGCUUUGUCACAAACUUUAAGUCCAAGAAAGGAUGUCUUGGAGACUCAUUGGCUGAGUUUGUGCAGCAGAUUGAUUCAGGGAAACCAGAUGAGACAGCUAUUCGCACCCUUGUACUCUGAGGCCUCUCUGUUCUACUUUGUGAUGACCCCAGUAACUUCUACAAGGCCUGCUUUUUACGUGACCAGACACAACACUCAAAAAAAAGGUUGGACUGUAACACCAUAUAACUGAGCCUGCACACGAAGGACAUUUCUGCGUGUUACUCUUCCAUUAAUGGAUAAGGAAAAUCAACGUCACAUAUACAGCCUUUAUCGCUGGUCUGCAUCUCCGCCUGGCAACAAAGAAGUCAUCAUGGUGGUACUGAUGAACUACUGGAUGUGUGUGGUUGCUCUGUCAGCAACAGUGACCUCGAGCCAUGCCUUGAGAAGAAUCUCGCUGAAAAAGAUGCCAUCUAUCAGAGAGACACUUAGGGAGAUGGGUGUUUCUGCAGAGCAGAUUUUGACCGAAUUGACCCAGAGGAGCACAGACGACAACAACAACGGAACUGUUCCCACACCUCUGACCAACUACUUGGAUACUCAGUACUUUGGUGAAAUCAGUAUCGGCUCUCCAGCUCAGAUGUUCAACGUGGUGUUUGACACAGGCUCAGCCAACCUAUGGGUGCCCUCGCAAAGCUGCUCGCCUUUCUCCACUGCCUGUUUUACUCACAACAGGUACGAUGCCUCCAAAUCUCAGACCUACGUUGAGAACGGAACUGGAUUUUCCAUCCAGUACGCCUCCGGAACUGUCAGAGGAUUUCUGAGCGAGGAUGUUGUCGUGGUUGGAGGUAUUCCUGUGGUGCAAGUGUUUGCUGAAGCUGCCUCUCUGUCUGCCAUGCCCUUCAUCUUUGCCAAAUUUGACGGAGUCCUGGGGAUGGGUUACCCUAACGUGGCCAUUGAUGGCAUCACUCCAGUGUUUGACCGCAUCAUGUCCCAGCAUGUCCUCAAAGAAGAGGUGUUCUCUGUCUACUACAGCAGGGACCCAAAACACUCCCCAGGUGGAGAGCUGGUCCUCGGUGGCACAGACCCAAACUACUACACUGGAAACUUUAACUAUUUGGACACCAGGGAGACAGGGAAAUGGGAAGUUACCAUGAAAGGGGUUUCUGUGGGGAUGGAGACGAUGUUUUGUGUGGAGGGCUGCACAGCUGUGAUUGACACCGGCUCCUCCUACAUCACAGGCCCGGCCUCCUCUGUGUCCCUGCUGAUGAAAACCAUCGGCGCACAGCUGGAUGAAAGUGGAUACAAAGUCAACUGUGACGCUGUCAAGAUGUUGCCCAGCAUCACUUUCCACCUGGGUGGCCACGAGUAUUCACUCACUCAGGAGGAUUACAUCUUAUGGCAAUCACAGAUUGAAGGGGACGUCUGCACCGUCACCUUUAGGGGCUUGGAUGUGCCGCCGCCCACAGGUCCCAUCUGGAUUUUGGGAGCCAACUUCAUUGCCCGCUACUACACAGAGUUUGACCGUCGCAAUAAUCGGAUAGGGUUUGCCACAGCAGUCUGACAGAAAGUUAAACAUCAGCCAUGUUGCUUUGUUUUCCUUUUCUCUAUCUUUGCUGCUAUCUCCUUUUUGUCCAGUCCUCCCUUCAUUUGCCUUUUAUGAUAACUUGAGAUCAAACUACAUCUGUUUUAUAACACUGGUAAAGAAGCGUGCACAUUAAGGAAUAUUUUCUUGCAAAUCCUGAUUUUUUAUAUUUUGUACCAGUUGCACUGAACACCUUCUAACCUUUUUUAUUUAUAGCAAUUUCCAGCAAAUGCAAAGUAUCUGUGCCUGUGUGACUCUGCUGAUAAUUACCCUAAAGCAACAGUGAA